UGUCUCGCGGUGCUCUGGCCCACUGCCACUCUCGCGGGCAAUGAAAUGUUCAUGAAGAUGUUCUCGAGCCAGUCGAGUCCCGCCGAUCCCUGCUACGACGAGGACCGCCCUCGCCGGUGCAUCCCCGACUUUGUGAACGCCGCCUUUGAGCGCACGGUCGUCGCCUCCUCGACCUGCGGCAUAAGCGGCCCGACUCGCUACUGCGACGCCUCGGAGUUUCCCCCGACCGGUGCAGCGGCUCAAAACGGUGCAGCGGCCUCACCGGCCGGUGGCCAGUGCCACGUGUGCGACGACAGCGUGCCCAGGCGGCGCUUCCCCGCCUCCCAUCUGACGGACCUCAACAACCCGAACAACGUGACCUGCUGGCGCAGCGAGCCCCUCGUCUCGGCGCAGAGCUUCUCCGCGCCCCCGGACAACGUCACCCUCACCUUGAGCCUCGGCAAAAAGUACGAGCUGACCUACGUCAGCCUCCAAUUCUGUCCCCGUGCGGCCAAGCCCGACUCCAUCGCCAUCUACAAGUCGACCGACUACGGCAAGACCUGGCAGCCCUUCCAGUUCUACUCGUCGCUCUGCAAGAAGGUCUACGGGCGUCCAAACCGCGCCAGCAUAACCAAGGCCAACGAGCAAGAGGCCCGCUGCACCGAUAGCCAUCGUUACACCGGUGGCGAUGGUCUAGGCCCCGUGGGUCGCAUAGCUUUCAGUACCCUCGAGGGCCGACCCUCGGCCGCGGACUUUGACAACUCGCCGGUGCUCCAGGACUGGGUCACCGCCACCGACAUCCGAGUGAUUUUCAAUCGCAGUAACUCCAACGGCGGCACCAACAACAACGGCGUCAGUCUGGCCCAUCACUACGCGGUCUCGGACUUUGCUGUCGGCGGGCGGUGCAAGUGCAACGGCCACGCCGCCAAGUGCAGCCCCGACAAGGACGGCCAGCUCGCGUGCGAGUGCAGGCACAACACCGCGGGCCGCGACUGCGAGAAGUGCAAGUCGUUUUACUUCGAUCGGCCCUGGGCCAGGGCCACCGCUCGCGACGCCAACGAAUGCAAAGUGUGCAACUGCAACCAGCACUCGAGGAAGUGCAAGUUCAACAUGGAGCUGUACAAGUUGUCGGGCCGCGUGAGCGGGGGCGUUUGCCAACAGUGCAGGCACUUCACGGCCGGCAGGCAUUGCCACUAUUGCAAGGAGGGCUACUACAGGGACCCCUCCCGGCCCAUCACUCACCGCAAGGCAUGCAAACCUUGCGAUUGUCAUCCGAUCGGCGCCUCGGGCAAGACGUGCAACCAGAGCACCGGUCAGUGCCCCUGCAAGGACGGAGUCACGGGGAUCACUUGCAACCGGUGCGCGCGGGGCUACCAGCAGAGCCGAUCCCACAUUGCCCCCUGCAUCAAAAUUCCGAGAGUUGUGCAGACGCAGGGGAUCGAGGGCGAGGACAGCGGGGAGAACGAAGAGGACGAGGACGAGGACAGAUACGAGGCGAGAAACGAGCAAUGCCGCAAAUGUCGAGCAAGCACUCGAAGGCUGAAUCUGAUCAAAUACUGCAAACGAGAUUAUGCUCUAAUGGCUCGAGUAACGGACAGAUACAAGAAGAUGAACGACGGAUCGUCAGUAUCUCCUGGCAACCCCGCGAAUUCCUGGAUGAAAUUCUCCGUCAACGUCGUCACAAUUUUUAAGAGAAGUCGGGACUCGAGGAUCACCAAAGGAUACACCCCAUUGUACGUGCACUCGACCGAUCUCGCGUGCAAGUGUCCCAAGAUCAAGCCAAAUCAGUGA